GAAAUUGCACUGUAUCCAGUCAGUUGAUACACACACACGUAAUCGCAGGUGUUUAAUUGUCAUCAUAUAUAUAUGUAUAUAUAACUGUUCUUCUCCCCCGAGGAGCCGCGACGGGUAAACUGUGCAUUCGUCGCGAGGGUCUCCUCAGUCGACCAGCAGGGGGCGACAGUCACGGUGGUCCCACUCCAGCAGGUAUCGACGAGCAGAAGUUUAUUUUCGGCUUUUUAACUCUGUCCGAGCUGCAAAGUUGAACAGGAACGUCAGCCAUGAACCUCGGAGAAGAACCUUUUGCCAUAUUUCCCGUGCGUCUCGUCACACAGGGGCCCGGGCAGGCCGUCGUGCCCCCGUUCUCCACCAGGACCGUGCGCCACCCCUCCCUCAUGCCCCUGUGCGUCGCCGCGGGCUUCGCGCGACAGCAGAGGGCCUGCGACGUCCCAGCACUGCAGCCCAUCACCCCGGAGGAGAUCUUCUACACUGACCCCACCAUGAGCUGUGGGAGGAGGAUCCCCAACAUAAGCAGUGAUUUUGAGGUUUUCGAAUUUUUCCGGCUCAACACUCCACCACCAGUCAUGUCCGCCUGUCUGGCCCCGCCGAGCCGUCCUGACCCGUUCAGAUCUGGCUCCCACCCCACUAGAGACCUGGGCAGCACCGACUGGAGACUGAACCACAUUCGCUCGUCGGCGCAGCCGAGCCGGGCCAUUCUGCAGCUCACCUGGGAGGAGGACCAGGCCAUCACUAACCUCCUGAAACUGCACCAGUCUGGAGAAAGUGACGAGACCCUCGCUGCUGCACCGGUGAACGUGAACGCCUGUUUUUACCAAAGUCACCCUAGCCCUACAGUUUCUACUAUAGCAGAGGAAUUGUACAAACCCUUCUUUAGUGGUGGGCAACGGCCCAGGACAGCCAUUUUGGGGAAUCAGUCGCAACAGGGGAAAUGCUGGUCGGUUGAGGAGCUUGAAGCAGCCGACACCCUUUUGAGUUGCUCCAUUGUCAGGGGGGAGGACAGAAUCUGGGCCCGGUUCCACCAGGAAUCGGCAGUAACGCUUCCUUAUCGUCGACCACACUGGGAUAACAAGGAAUUGGCAAUGAGCAAUGAAACCCAGCCAGGGACUGAGACUUUAACCGCAUUGCGAUCCACCGAUUCUACUCCAAGUGGCACUGGCCACAUCCGGUUUACUCGUGCGAGUCAGAACGGAGCAGCAGGCCGCGGGGGUUUCAGUUCUGUCGAGGACCAGAGUGUCUCUGGAGAGUUUUCAGAGGCGAGCGGACAAGUGCUCUCAGAUAUGGAGGGGGAUGCUGUGCGUGCACUCCUUAGCUUUGGAGACAGGGGGACUUUGAAUAUCCCGCAGUGAUGGUCUCAAACCUGAGGGUCUCCGUGACUGGGUGUGAUUCUUUUUUUUAAAGAUUUUACAGCAUCUGCCUCAUUAUGUAAACUAUAGCUGAGCACAAUUUUUGACUCUUGGCCAUUUGUUUUUUGCUGCGUUUGUUCAGGGAAAAAAGUAAAUGUACCUCACUCACAAUCCUUUAUUUUUCUAGGACGCAAAUUUAUUUCCCCACUUGAGUGAAAACGAAAACAGUGUUUCCACGUAUCUAGUAUUGCACAUAUGCCUCGUCAUUUUCUAUCAGUGUUCAUUAAAAAACCGAAAAAACCCCAAAA